AUGGAUGAUGUCGAUUUGCGACAGGAAAUCCUCCAGCAGACUCUUAAAGAGGUAGCUGGUGAGGAGAAAGAGGCGGCAAAUCCUUGUGUUAUUUGCCUAGACACUAUCACCGAGCCCUGUGUGGCACAGCCAUGCCACCAUGUCAACUUCGACUUCCUCUGCCUUGUUAGUUGGAUCGAACAGCAACCUAAAUGCCCCCUAUGUAAAGCCGAGUUGACAGCGGUGCAAUACGAACUCAACGCCACACAAGGUCCGAAGCUAUACAAGGUCCCGUCUCCGAGCGCAACAUUCCCGACAGUUCCAGUUACUAGUCGAUCACGUCCUGGCAAUCGCUACGGCCCACGGGGAGGGCGACGUCCUCCACCCCCGCCGCGACCACAGUCAGAUGACCCGCUCGAGCGCCGGCGCAAUGUCUAUCGCAACCGAACAUACUCCAUGCGAGUCGGGUCCAAUCGGUUAUCUCAGUAUCGAGAAUUGACACCAGACCUCUUCGCUCGUGACGAGGAGCUCGUCUCGCGUGCUCGGAAAUGGAUUCGCCGCGAACUACGAGUCUUCUCCUUCCUGAAUCCGGAACCGGAGCAUGAAGAGCGGAUAUCUCACCAAGUUUCGCGUCCUGGACCUCAGCGGCUGGAGAAUCGCAGGGCGAAUAAUGCCGAGUUCCUGCUGGAAUAUGUCAUCGCUAUCUUGCGCACGGUCGAUCUCAAAGGCAGUGCUGGACAAGCGGAGGAGCUGUUGCGUGAUUUCAUCGGCCGCGAGAAUGCAUGUCUGUUCCUCCACGAAUUGCAGGCGUGGCUGAGAAGUCCAUAUAAUUCCUUGGAGGACUGGGAUCGUCAUGUUCAGUACUCGAAUACUCCGCGAAGUGUGUCUGACGGAGGAAAUAGGGAUGGUCGCUCGGGUCAUAGACCGACUCCUGUGAACAAUCGGAGUAGACCACAGAGGUCCCGAAGACCAUAUAGGUCCAGGUCUCAAGAUGCGAUUGAUCGCUCCAGGCGGCUGCAGCAAGCUCAACAGCGAUAUAAUCCAUAUUAG